AGAAAUUUAUAUGGCGAUAAAAUAUAUGACUUCUACUAAGACACUAGAUUCUAAAUCUAGAUCUAGAUUCUUAAGUGAAACAGAAACAGAUCUAAUUUAGAUCUAGAGUCUGGAUCUAAAUUCUAGUCCUUUGCUGACCUAAACAUUUUAAUUUAGAAUCUAGAUCAAGAUUUAAUUGUCACUAAAUUCUAGAUCUAGACAUUCUAGAUUGAAAAUUCAUAAAAAUUUUAAAAAUGCAGCUUGUUAAGAAGUUCAUAAAGUGUGUUCCAAGACUGUCCCGGUAUCAGAAUAAACUUUUGGUAUCACAUAUUCACACAUCAGGGCAAUGCAAUUUGCCAAUGGUGCCAAUAGUCAUUGAACAAACUGGCCGUGGUGAGAGAGCUUAUGAUAUAUUUUCACGACUUCUGAAAGAAAGAAUCAUCUGCAUUAUGGGUCCAAUUCAUGAUGAGCUUUCAAGCCUUGUGAUUGCACAGUUAUUGUUUCUACAGUCCGAAAGUAGUAAAAAACCAAUUCACAUGUAUAUAAAUAGUCCUGGUGGUUCAGUUACAGCAGGUUUAGGUAUCUAUGACACAAUGCAGUAUGUGCAGCCACCUAUAGCCACAUGGUGUGUUGGCCAGGCCUGCAGCAUGGCAUCUCUAUUGUUGUGUUCUGGAGCUCCAGGACUGCGUCAUUCUCUUCCCAAUUCACGUGUCAUGAUUCAUCAGCCUUCUGGCCAAGCCUCUGGUCAAGCAACUGAUAUACAGAUUCAAGCUGAAGAAAUUCUAAAACUUAAAAAACAAAUCAACCAAUUGUAUGUAAGGCAUACAAAGCAGCCUUUAGAUCUUAUUGAAAAAAGCAUGGAAAGAGAUAGAUUUAUGAAUCCAACAGAAGCUCAACAAUUUGGUCUUAUUGACACUGUUCUGGAGCACCCUCCUGCUGUUUAGAAGUAGAAAUAGAAAAUACUCAAUACAUUUUUUUUUUGGUAAAGUUUUAGUAGAAACCAUUUUGUUAUACUGUACUGAAAUUUGUGACUCCACAAAUUCCACCAAGUUUCAUCUAGUGUUACCAUAACAAGAAAAAUAAGUUGCUCUAAUUGUGUAAUGGACCAUUUGACACAUCAAAUAAUCAUGUAAAAGUUGUAAAACUAAAUGUGUUCUGUAAUAAGAUUUUUUGUUGCAAAAGAAAUGGAUUCAUCAAAUAGGAUUGUUAUCUUUACUCUGAAAUAUUUGUGUAAUUAAAAUUUAUGUUUGUUUUAAAA